AUGACAUUCAGAGAAAUAUCCACCUACAAUAUUAACACCCUCCGUCGUCAUUAUGUCGCCGAAAUUUCCGGCUCGCUAGGUGACUUGGGCACUUUUCUACCCAUCGCCAUCGCCCUGGCGGUUAACGACACCAUUUCGCUAUCAAGCACGCUGAUCUUCUCCGGCGUCUACAACAUCCUGACGGGUCUCUUCUUUGGCAUUCCUUUACCUGUGCAACCCAUGAAGGCCAUUGCCGCCGUCGCCAUCGCCAAAUCCUUCCCCGCAGGGGCCAUCACCGCCGCCGGCAUCUUCGUCGGCGCUUGCAUUCUCGUCUUCAGCGUCACAGGCCUCUUGCGCUGGUUCACCGACGCCAUCCCCAUCCCCGUCAUUAAGGGCAUCCAAGUUGGCGCUGGUCUGUCGCUGAUCAUCGGCGCUGGAGGCAGCGUCGUCUCGUCACUGGGUUGGACGCAUCCGUCAUGGGCGGACAACCUCAUCUGGGCCAUCGUUGCUUUCGUCUCCCUCCUCAUCACCAAUAUCGAUCGUCGCGUACCCUACGCACUGAUCAUCUUCGUCCUUGGUCUGGUCUUCGCCCUCAUCCGCAGCGCAACAGCCGGUCAUCUCCCCUCGCUGGGAUUCUGGCAUCCGUUCGUGUUCGCCCCCACCCGGGGGGAAUGGGCCCACGGCAUCUUCAACGCCGGCAUCGGCCAAAUCCCGCUGACCACGCUAAACUCCGUCGUCGCCGUGGUGCAUCUCUCCGCAGACCUCCUCCCCCAGGUAUCCACCCCAUCCAUCACCUCCGUCGGCCUCAGCGUGGCCGCCAUGAACCUGCUCGGCUGCUGGUUCGGCGCCAUGCCCGUGUGUCAUGGCUCCGGUGGUCUGGCGGCUCAGUACCGUUUUGGCGCACGGUCGGGAUCCAGCGUCGUGAUCCUGGGUGCCGUCAAGCUGUUCAUCGGUCUCUUCUUCGGCGAGUCGCUGGUCGAGUUGCUGAAGCGGUUCCCGACCGCCCUGCUGGGCGUCAUGGUCAUCGCUGCUGGGUUGGAGCUCGCCAGCGUCGGAGAGUCGUUGAAUACCAUGGGUGCGCGUGAUAUCGCCAAGGCCUCCGUGCUGGGCGGGACGACGCCGCUGACUGACGAGGAGCGUCGUCGACGCUGGACCGUCAUGAUGGUCACGGUCGGAUUGCUGGUGGGAUUUCGGAAUGACGGGGUGGGGUUUGUGGCAGGCAUGUUGUGCCAUUGGAUUUAUAAGGCCCCUGCGUUAGUGCAGAGGCUAAGAGAGAAAUUCAGUCGAGUUCGUCUGGAGUGA